CAUUUGUUAAUAGAGACAUAGAUAGAUGCCCUUCAACACUGUAAAUAAGAAACAGCCACUGACUGUCACCACCACAUGGGCCUGCAUCUUCUCAGCAGCUUCAGAACUGGCGUCUCCGUGUGAGUCCGUGCAGCCGUAUCACUGCCUGCGUUCCCUGAGACACCAGCCUAUAACUUACAUCCCGGCCCUCACUUAGGGGGCCACUUCAGUGCCGUCGGAGAGCCCUCCAGCUCUGAAAACCAGAUCAUCGCAGGAGAUGCCUCAGUGCUGUCCCUGGGCAGGCAAAGGCCCAGCCUCCCAGUGCAACGUUAGCCUGAAGAAGCAAAGGAGCCGCGGCAUCCUCAGCUCCUUCUUCUGCUGCUUCCGUGACUACAAUGUGGAGGCCCCGCCAGGCAGCGGCCCCGGCGUGCUUCCGCCGCUGGUGGAGGAGAACGGCGGGCUCCAGAAGGGUGACCAGAGGCAGAUCAUUCCCAUACCAAGUCCACCAGCUAAAUACCUCCUUCCAGAGGUAACGGUGCUUGACUAUGGAAAGAAAUGUGUGGUCAUCGAUUUAGAUGAAACAUUGGUGCACAGUUCAUUUAAGCCUAUUAGUAAUGCUGAUUUUAUUGUUCCCGUUGAAAUUGAUGGAACUAUACAUCAGGUGUACGUGCUGAAGCGGCCACACGUGGACGAGUUCCUGCAGAGAAUGGGACAGCUCUUCGAAUGUGUGCUCUUUACUGCCAGCCUGGCCAAGGAAACCCAGCCUCCCCCCGCGCUCUGCUUCGUCAGGAGGAGGACUCACCCGUGGAGCCGGGAUGCUGCUUGCAGCCCUGCACCCUGCAGCCAUGACAGCCUUGGCUCUGCACUCGGGCUGCUGUGUGUUCCACCACCGGCCUUCCCAGCACCACCAGCCUCAGGCGCUUCCCACUUCCCCGGCAGAGCCUCUGGGCCCCUGAGGACCUCUGACUGUGCCCCUCACUCAGGUCUUGGUGCUGAGGGCUGGCCCCACAUGGCCGGGAGCUGCCACUCUUUUACCUCCAGCCCCAGCCGUGCAGUCUGGAUGAAGAUUUUCCCUCAGUACGCAGACCCUGUGGCCGACCUGCUGGACCGCUGGGGUGUGUUCCGGGCCCGGCUCUUCCGGGAAUCAUGUGUUUUCCAUCGUGGGAACUAUGUGAAAGACCUGAGUCGCCUUGGGCGGGAGCUGAGCAAAGUGAUCAUCGUGGACAAUUCUCCUGCCUCCUACAUCUUCCAUCCUGAGAAUGCAGUGCCUGUGCAGUCCUGGUUCGACGACAUGACGGACACGGAACUGCUGGACCUCAUCCCCUUCUUCGAGGGCCUGAGCCAGGAGGACGACGUGUACAGCAUGCUGCACAGACUCUGCACUGGAUACCCAUGGAGCUGUUGGGGAAUUUUCUUUGCUGCUACUGCGCUGCCACCAAAUGGAAUUGACCAGCGGCUGUUACACUGUUUUUUGCCACUGUGCCUACGCUCAGAAUCUGCUCACUGCUAAGCUGCAGACUUGGACAGGGUCAGAAACCUAGGUGUCCCACCCCACUGCAGACUGCGGACCGCGUUCCUUCUCUGGCACCAGCCUCACCGGUUCAGGAGGGAACAAAGACCAAAGGGCCGGCGCACCUCAUCGGUGUGGCGUUCCUUUUCAAGCUGCAGUCAGCCUCAGAGCUUGUGCUAAGCUGACCGUUCUCUCAGGAGAACCUGUGGCCUCAAGCUGCCACCAUGCUGAUGUGGCCCGAGUCCAUUUCUUGGGCUUCUCUGUUGAAGCACAGCCUGUUUCUGAGCUGAGGGUGGGGGAGACGCAUCUGGACGUGGGACCCAUUACCCAGAGCCAGGGAAAGGAAGGGCCCCCUCCCUGAGCUGUGGCUCCUUUUGCAGCCUUUUCCAGUGAGAUCUUUUAAGCAGUGCCAUGAUCCUCGUUUGACAAUGAGAUGGUCUAUAUAAAGUAUUGCUCUUAAAGAUAAUUAAAAACAACCCUUUCAUGUUGGCACCGUUGCCUUAGUCCUCUGUGGGUCAGGCCGGAGUUCUGGUGGGAGCCACCAGCACUAAGAAGAUUGGAAAACAGUUGGGGUGGGGGGGGGGUGUCAAAGUAAAAUUUCUUUUCUGCUUUCAUUCACAAAAUAGUGAAGCCAGCUGCCAAUCACGUCCUCCCAACAGCACUUUGGUCUGCGGACUGCCGUGCUUUCAGGAGAGAAGUAAGUAUUUAGGGGUAACCAGGUCUCCCGACACUCUGAGUGUUCCAAAUCCAGUCAUCCAUAUGCCAGUUAAAAUAGAAACAGCCCCUUGCUCAGUGUGACCACAGGAAAUGACAGUUAUGUGGCAGGUUUGCACACGCCAUACACCUUGAUUCGGAAAACUAGUCAUUAAAUGAACCCACUGCCUUAAAUGUCUUGAAUGUUGCAGUCAAGUGUCUGUCACGUGUUGACAUCCACACAGAAGUCAGUCCUGAUGAGACCCUUAGGCCCCCCUGACCUGUGCUCCCUGCUUUGUUAGCAUCCCAAGGUCUUACUUGGAAUAGGGGGCAGCGAGGAGAUUCUAGAAUAUCCCAGGGGAAUCAAACCUAGGAAUUGUGCCCCACUUCUGAUGGAGUGAAAACACGUGGCAGGCUUGAGCCAGAUCCUUCACCUGGUCAUUCCCGAGGCCGUAAGCGCCAUUGCACUGAGCCGGUGCAGAGCUGGCGGGGGUGGAGCCCGGUUCCUGCCAUCACAGACACAGAAUGUCUCGGGAGGGCAGCAGGCCCUCCGGGGAGUUCUGGAUUCUGUGCACCUUAUUCGACCCCACUCCAAAAUUCCGUUCUUAUUUUAGCCCUUGAUUCUGCUUUAUGUAUAUAAUCAAAAUAUCUAUAUUGAUAUAUAUAUUUUUAAUCAUCUACAUGUAAAUGAAGCAAUAGAAUUCUAACAUAAGGCCAAGAAAUGAGAUGAAUGUUUGGGGUUAUGUUUUUAAGGUAAAUACGGGUAUUGUUUUUACUUAUUACCUUUUAUGAGAUUGUGGGCUUUAAAACCUAAGGAAACCUAUCUCUGUGCCAUAUACUUCCCAUGUUACCAAAACACCCCCAACUCUUUAGCCAAAUGAAAAAUCUGACCUCCUGAGUUUCCAUGGUCCUUUUGGUACCAGGUUAAAAUAGAGUCUCCUGGACAAUUAUUUUUUACCUUAAUAUCUGGAACAGGAUACCGGGGGUCAUGGACUCUGGCCGGGCCCCGAGUGGAGGCGCCCAGGCACAGUGGAGGUUGUCACUGCUCUGUCUUCCAUUGCUCUGGAAUCCCACAUGUUGGUCCAUGGUCUCACCCAUUAGCUGUUUGUAAACAAUGCAUCUGUAUCCUAAAGAGAAAUAUCCUAAAGGGAUACAGCUAUGUAUCCCGUCAUAGCUGACGGUUGGUGGGGAAGCUCCUCUGACGUGGUGCCAAUUUGAUGAGAUGAUCUUGGAGACAUGAGGAUGCCCUGAUGACACUGACUUGUCAUGGUUGCAGCGUUUGAACGCAUGGUAUGAAAAGGAAAUCUGUAAGUCUAUAACCUGGCAACAUUCUACAACCCUGUGUAUUCAAGAUGGCUUUCUUAUGAAAUCCAGAACCACACAGCCCUAUGGUCAAACACUAGUGACGUUUGUGCCUCUGCUUUUAAAGGUGCUGUGAUGGACAGUUGGCACGCCAGGGUUCGAGAAGAAUGGAUGGUUUGAAGUGCUUUCCCUUACCUGUGCACAAUCAACUGGCUGCCUCUGUUCCUAUUUUACUGUAAAUCUGAUGGUGUCUGCUGCUGUUCAUUCUCCAGAGAGCUUCUAACACCCCCGCCCAAGGGGUAGAGAUGCUGGUGUCUGGGUAGUCAUGGAUUUCUGUUGGACAUCUGAAUGUGAUAAACAUCACUGGGGAAAUACUACAUGUGGAAUGUGCACGUUUCCAGGGGCGAGCAUUGUCAGUCAAGAGGUUUGCAAUGAUUUCCUUCCUGCCAAAAAUAAAUACGUGAAACCGCG